CACCAUGAGAACUAACUAAUCAACUUGCUAAGGUAAUGAAAGAUUGAUCUCCAUCAAUUCAACCCUUCUCAUCUCAUCUAAUAAACCACCACUCAUUCAUCGCAAAUGAUCAUCACCACUACCAGUGCGACCGUCCAAUUCUUCCUGUCGUCGGUCUAGAUUCUAAAUCGUCCAUGUAAAUGUAGUCGUUAUCGACCAUAUUUUCGACCGCAAUAACAAGAGUUCGCUCAACCAACACUCGUUUACCUUACUUUCCACCUUCAUAUCGCGACGUAUCUUAUCUCAUCUUUCUCCUUCAGUGCCGACGACAACGUAGUGAAUCCGAUCAUUUCAUCUUACCUUUUACGAUUUUUAUUAUAUCUCUUUCAUAACCUAUACCCACUUCGAUUUUUUGGGAUUUUCCUACACAAUCAAUCGCCUUUCUAGAGCCGGUACUCCUCUAUUGUCCUUACCCAACAACUACCGACAGGUCAAGCUUCAAUCACCAACAACACUCAUCUACAUCUAACUCAUUUUACAUCAACUAAACCCUGACCGGAUCAGUCUCAGUCAUUUUGACUCAACAUAAUAAAUCACAAUAGUACCCAAGGAGAUGGCGUAUUACGAGUGUAGGUGAAGUUUUUCGGGAAGUAACGAUCUCUUGCUAAUCAAUUCACAGCAUCCUUUAACUCUCUGUUUCGACGAUGUGUUGAGUGUAAUGGGGACACUCCGGCAUGUCCGAGUUGUGCUGAAAAUGAGAUUUGUUCGCUCGUCCCACCAACAUGUACCGAAUGCCAACAGACAGUUUGUGUGGCUUCUUCAGCUGCACCUUCGACGACGGUUAGUUCAUCCUCAUCAACGAAAUCCGGCCCAAAUGUAGGCGCGAUCGCGGGAGGAGUCAUUGGAGGAGUUUUAGCUGUCGCGGCCGUGACUUAUCUUGUGUGGAGGUUCUGCAUUAAGACGAAAAGGCAACAAUUCGAGCAGGGCGGCUGGAUAGACAGCCAAGAGCAAGCGAAUGCAGAAAAGGAUUUCGCAAUGCGCAGGGACGCGAGAGCUUCUACACAUACUGUUGGAUCAAUUGCAUCUACAGUUCUCACACGAGCCUCGAAUAUCAUUCAAAUCGCAUACAUUCCAGGUGUUACGAAUAGAUCGACCCCAUCAACACCGGGUCUUCUUGUCCCACCAGUUCCCCCGAUCCCCAUUGCUCUAUCAAACUCAUCUGGAACACCAAGGUAUGAACAUGAACACUUUUUCAUGCCAGGAGAUCUACGCGACUCAACAUACAGCGGAAUUAGCGGAAUUGGUGGACGAAACUCGUACGCAAGAAAUAGUGUUGCAUCCACUAUAUAUGGGAAACAAGCUAUCGUAUCACCCGUUCCUGCGCAAACGGUCAUUCGAGGAAAGGCAGCAGUGGUUAGCGUUAAUAAAGCGGGUGGAAAUAAUGGCACUGUCACACCUCCAGUGCCAAGUGUCGACUUUCAAAAAUAUUCCGAGAACCCACCUAGCCCAGCAUUUUCGGUGGGCAGCACAUUUUUGAACGCAGCCAGUGCCGCAACUAUGACCAAACCUCAAGUCAUUCGAGUAGAUUCUAGCUCACCGAAAAGCAAAUCGGUUGAGCCUACAAAAGUUGCAGGAGCCUCAUCACCACUAGGUUCACGGGAUUCCACUGCAGUCACUUUGAUCGAAGACGGUACCCCCGUCACACCCCAGGGACCUUUUAGUGAUCCUCCUGAAAUAAGUCGAAAAUCCAAUGCUACUUUAUCAGCUAUGAUUCAAAACGCAACAAAAAAGGCACAGGGCGAUGUCUUCUCAGACAAACAUGAAGUCAAGGAAUAAAGGGGUUCUAUCGUAUAGGAUAUAUUACCCUAUGGAAACGGAUUUUCAGCAUUGGAGGUUUUCGUCUAGUUACGAUUUGGUUUACUUGUUUCUUUCAAACAUCUUAUACUUGGAGGAGGGGGCUAUUCCCAUUUCGAUGGUCACAAAUGGUGUGGUCGGGGGUGUUAAGGGGUAUCUUAUGAUUGGCAAUGAUUUUAUUUUUUCGGGGAUAUGUUUUUAUACCACCGUAUCUUGCUAUUUACCUAAUUUAAGGUUUCUAUAGAAAAUGCCAAAUCCAAUGAUUUUAGCUACCAAUUGAUGGGGGAAUUUUGAAGAAUGGAUCUCUGCU